UUGUUCACCCACUAGAAUAUUCCCUCCUUAUCACCUUCUUCAGCCAUGGCCGCGGCUCUAAAUUGCUCAGCCGACCAGCUGGCCCCACUCCUAGGAUCCAACGCCACCGACGCCACCGCAGCCGCCGCCUACAUCUGCAGCCGCUUCGCCGACGUCUCCUCGGCUUUCACUGACGCCGGCUUCGCCAUCGACACCACCUACCUCCUUUUCUCGGCUUACCUCGUCUUCUCCAUGCAGCUCGGCUUCGCCAUGCUCUGCGCCGGCUCCGUCCGCGCCAAGAACACCAUGAACAUCAUGCUCACCAACGUUCUCGACGCCGCGGCUGGCGGCCUCUUUUACUACCUCUUCGGCUUCGCCUUCGCCUUCGGCUCCCCCUCCAACGGCUUCAUCGGCCGCCACUUCUUCGGCUUGAAUGAUGUCCCCAGCUCCUCCUUUGACUAUAGUAAUUUUCUCUAUCAAUGGGCUUUUGCCAUCGCAGCCGCUGGGAUCACUAGCGGCUCCAUAGCCGAGCGGACGCAGUUCGUGGCUUAUCUUAUUUACUCGGCUUUUCUCACCGGCUUCGUUUACCCGGUUGUGUCUCACUGGUUUUGGUCUGGAGAUGGAUGGGCCAGCCCGAUUAAGGCCUCCAAUUUACUAUUCGGGUCUGGGGUUAUUGAUUUUGCUGGGUCGGGUGUGGUCCAUAUGGUGGGUGGGAUUGCCGGGUUAUAUGGAGCCCUAAUUGAAGGCCCGAGAAUUGGCCGGUUCGAUCACACGGGCCGGGCCGUCUCUCUACGUGGCCAUAGUGCAUCUCUAGUUGUGUUAGGAACUUUCUUGCUAUGGUUUGGUUGGUUCGGAUUUAAUCCCGGUUCAUUUAACAAGAUAUUGGUCCCGUACUCAAGUGGGGCCUACUACGGGCAAUGGAGCGCGGUGGGUCGGACCGCCGUGACGACGACGUUAGCCGGGUGCACGGCGGGGCUCACAACCCUUUUCGGAAAAAGGGUUUUGUCAGGGCAUUGGAACGUUACGGAUGUGUGUAACGGGCUAUUGGGCGGGUUCGCCGCCAUCACUUCCGGAUGCUCCGUCGUAGAACCGUGGGCCGCCAUCGUUUGCGGGUUUGUGGCGGCUUUGGUCUUAAUCGGGUGCAACAAACUCGCAGAAAUCUUCAAAUACGACGAUCCAUUGGAGGCGGCGCAAUUGCAUGGCGGUUGCGGAGCGUGGGGAAUCAUUUUCACGGGCUUAUUUGCCAAGAAGAAAUACGUGAACGAGGUUUACCCGGAUGUUCCGGAUCGACCAUACGGGUUGUUAAUGGGUGGCGGUGGGAAGUUACUGGGAGCCCAAAUAAUCCAGAUACUCGUAAUAUCGGGAUGGGUAAGUGCUACAAUGGGUCCCCUCUUCUACAUUCUUCAUAAGUUAAAACUUUUACGGAUCUCGCCCGAUGACGAAAUGGCGGGUAUGGAUUUGACCCGCCAUGGAGGGUUUGCAUAUUACCAUGAAGAAGAUUAUCUCAAGCCUGGGAUUCAAAUGGGGAAAAUUGAAGACGCUGCUUCAAGUUAAAUAAUUUAUUUGGAUUAUUAUUAUUAUUAUUGCUUAUAAAUACUAUACUAUAUAGUAACAAUUAGUAGUGUAAAUUCAGAGAAAAUGGUAUUGAAGCUCUUCCAUAUAUAUGAGAAGUUUUAGAUUAAUAAUGCUUGGUCGACUGAAGAUAUUGUAAACAUGAGGACAAGGUUUUCUGAUAUCAUUUGUCAAUUCUCUUUAUCUUACCAUAUUGUGGGAACAAA